GACCUGCGGAUUGGGUCGGCGAAUUCGUUGUGCUUGUCGCAGAUUGAGAAGCAGCCGCAGAGGGUCGACUUCCGCUGCGACAUCAUCCACCAAUCUGAGAUUCCUAUGCAACAGCAAGAACAACAAAAACAGGGGAGAGGGCAAGUGCCAAAAGUGAUCUCAUCGAUUUCCAGAAGAGUUGCAACGUUUUGUCAAAUAGAAAUAUGG